GUUGAAUCGGACAGUAGUAAAAAAAAAAAAUCUGGUUGCCAUGAAUUUCAGCUAGCUUGCCAACGACAUCUGUCAGUACACUUGAGUAAAAACAUCCAUGUCAAGACAAAGGAAGGAUUUCCAAAACCUUGUGCCGCUUCUGUGUACGUAUAGAAGCACAGCUGCCUGCCUGCCAGCCUACUGUGAAUCGACCUUGCUGGCGCAGUGACAAGAACAGAAGACCUUGGCACCGUUGUGCCAGUUCAUAUCAAAACUCGGAUUUCUUUAUCCAGAAGAUGAACGGUCUGUCCAUUCGAGAACUAUGCUGUCUGUUCUGCUGCCCCCCUUGCCCCAGCCGCAUUGCAGCCAAACUAGCUUUCCUCCCUCCAGAGCCCACCUACGCCCUUCUCCCUGACCCAGAUCCAAGCACUGCAGCUGCAACUGCUUCUGGGUCCGUUUCCGGGGCUACUCAGCCUUCUCUCGGAGCUCCAGGACUGCGUUCCCGGCUGGGCACUGGUAGUGGAAGUGACAAAGUAGGCAGUGCUGGAGCUGCUGCUGGAGGUGCGGCAGGUGCUGGAGCAGGAAGUGGUGCUGGAGGAGGGGGUGGUGGUGGAGGAGGGGGUCCCGGCAGCGGUUGGAGUGAGGGCAAGUGGAAGCUUCAUCUCACAGAGAGAGCGGAGUUCCAGUAUUCACAGAGAGAGCUUGAUGUGACGGAUGUAUUCUUGACCAGAUCUAGCAGAGGGAACAGGGUGGGCUGCAUGUACAUUCGCUGCGCCCCGAAUGCAAGGUUUACAGUGUUGUUUUCCCAUGGCAAUGCAGUAGACCUGGGCCAGAUGAGCAGCUUCUACAUCGGCUUAGGCACACGCAUCAAUUGCAACAUCUUUUCCUAUGAUUACUCAGGCUACGGUGUUAGCACUGGAAAGCCUUCUGAGAAGAACCUAUACGCUGACAUUGAUGCUGCCUGGCACGCCUUGCGCUCCCGGUAUGGCAUCAGCCCUGAGAAUAUCAUCCUGUACGGACAGAGCAUCGGUACGGUGCCCACAGUAGACCUGGCGUCACGGUUUGAGUGUGCUGCUGUUGUCCUCCACUCUCCUCUUACCUCGGGCAUGAGAGUGGCUUUCCCCGAUACCAAGAAAACAUACUGCUUUGAUGCCUUCCCUAACAUAGAGAAAGUGUCAAAGAUCCCGUCUCCAGUGCUCAUCAUCCACGGUACAGAGGACGAGGUGAUCGACUUCUCUCACGGCCUGGCCCUUUUUGAGCGCUGCCCCAAGGCCGUGGAGCCCCUUUGGGUGGAGGGAGCCGGUCACAACGACAUUGAGCUUUACAGUCAGUACCUGGAGAGGCUACGGCGCUUCAUCAACCAGGACCUGGCUGCAGCGCAUGCCUGAGAAAAAAAACGGCAGCCUCUCUGCGUUUGUGUGAAUGAGAUUGUGCGUAUGCGUGUGUGUGUGUGUGUGUGUGUGUGUGUGAGAGUGUGAACGUUGGCAUGUUUGCAAAGUGUGUAUGAGAAGUUGACCUAAAACGGGGUGUGAUAUUUUGUCACAUCUGUGUGUCUUUGAAGCAGCACACCUUUAAGUUACUUUUCAACACAGCAUAUGUUUAAAUGGUUUCCUGUUCCGGUGAGAACGGUUUUAAAUAUAUCAGUAGCUAUGUGGUGAAACACUAAAAACGAGAACCAAGAUUGAACAAAUUCACAAAUCCGUUUUUUACCUUGGGGACAUUUAUGAAUUGCAGGUUUGAAAGGAGUUACUAACAUGACUUAAGAAGUAACAACAAUGUGCUUUGUCCAGAAAGGCACACAGAUGUUUAAUUAUGACAUGUUAGUGAAUGAAUGAGUCAUGGAUGUAAGGGGUGAAUGUUUAUUCAUAUCUCCAUGGACAUGAUCGAGAGUGUGUGAAGCAGUGCUGAAAGAAAUGAAGGACAUCCUGAUGACUUGGACAGGUCGAGGAGGCUUAUUGAGACUUAUCAAUUUUUAUGUUUGUUUUUUGCGUGUGUAUGUAUGAAGAAUACCUCCACAGCUUGACCAGUUCUCUCUGCAGUGGACAAACACUGGUCAAGCAUGUGCCCUGCCCCCCCUUCCCACUCCCCCACUUCCUGUUUACCUUUUUAAUGGACAUCCAUGUGACUGCCAGGGCAUUUCCCAAGUUGUUGUCCGACUAACACUAACCUACUAAUUUGUGUAGUUUUGGGGCUCCAUCUCCUUCCCUUUGGUGUCAGAAACACAAGGACUAGUCUGGAAUAUUGUCAUGGCUUAUAUGGCUGUUGGGUGUCGCAUACUUCCCUCUCCCCAUUUCUGAAAAGAUCCCAAAAUGGCUUCCUCUUUAUUUCUUGGCUGUGCUGUAGCUUUUGCCUUUACCUGUCUGCAGAAUUGCAGCAGAAACUUACAGGGAAUUACUUCCUGUAUUGAUCCCCCCCCCCCCAUCAGGUCCAACAUAUUUUGGAUAAAGAUGACGGUGUGGUUUAAAUGGAAACCAGUCUGUUAGAGCCACAUUGAUAAUAUCUCUGGCAUUUUUAGAACAAAUAUAGAAGUGAAGGAUUAUUUAGUCAUUUCAUGUCACAUUAGAUUGGUUGGACUAAAAAGAAGGCUGUAGCCCUUCAGCAUUUACUAAUGUGUGACGUUUAAAGGGCUGGGCAAACAGCGCUGACUUGGUAACAGCAGGAUAAAUGUCAAGUAGGAAGUAAUAGUUAGAUAUUCGCUUUGUUGCUGAACUUAAAUGAGAAGAUUUAUGCCACUCGGUUUACGCUGUACCUACAGCAACAACUUGUCAUUUUUACACCUCAGUUUCUGUAUGGAUUACACUAACAAGAUACAGCGUGUUUAUUUAUGAAUUUGUGAGGUGCUGGCAGGUUGAUUUUGGUUACAUUUGUACAGAGCCAGGCUUGCCAUUUCAUCUAGUUUCAAGAGUUGAUGCUAAGCUAACCAGCUACUGGCUGCCGUUUCAUAUUUAAGUGUACAUACAUGACACAUGAGAGACGUAUCAAUCUUCUCAUCCAACCCUCAGCAAUAGAGCAAAUAAGAACAUUCCAGAAUGGUUAACUUUACCGUUAUGUCUGAAGUGCCAGUGGAGGUGUGUGAAUAAUUAUAGUCUCUUUUGGUGACCAUACCUGUUUAGAGAUUGAUGUUGUGGCUAGAUUUCUAACGGUAUAAGGAGACAAAAGUAGCUGCGGGGGUAACCAAACUAAUGAAGAUUUAGUCAGAUUUAUUCAGAAUAAUCUUGUGCUCCACCAGAAUCUCUUUAGUGUAAUGCUGGUUAACUUGUAGUCUUACCGCACAGUUUACUUUUCCAUUUCUUGUUCCAGUCGCUCUCAUCAACAGGGUUAGUCCGCCUCCUGUUCAUAAUGCACAUUUGUUUCUAACGUUUUUGUCUCGAUGUAAUUAAUCCGAACGUGUUUGAUGUAGUGUGGGGCCAUGGACUGUCUGUUUCAGAACCAUGCAUGUAGAUGUUAGGACUAACGAUGUGAUUAGGAUCAGGUGCCAGGACGAGACAUCAUGCCUACUAAUAGCUCUGUGUAACCUCUGUGGCCCUAAAUGUACAGGAGCUCUCUUAUGGGUGGCAGCACGCUUCAUGUCUGACACAAGCCAUAAUUUGAGCCACUCACUGUUGGUGUGGUGCAGGUUCCACCACACACACAACUUUGCACAUCAUCGCACACACAUACACACAUUCAAACACCACCACACACACAUAAUUCAUGUACUGUAGUAUACAGUACAUUUACACAUUUAUAUCAGAUCAAGCAUGACAAAAGCAGGUCUUAAGUUCAGCACUAUUGUACAAAGCAUCCAAAGUGUAAUAAGGGUAUAAAAUGUAAGUUUGUGUGUCUUCAUUAUUAUUGACUGUCUGCUACAGGCCAGCAUUAAGGAUACUCUCAUCAUAACUAGUAAAAGGCCCUGUGUGUAGACAUGAAAAAGUACUGGUCAGGUCUUAACGGUUGCAGGCUUGCGCCGCAUUUUCAGAUCUACACCAGGCGUCUGCUGCAUUGGAGGCGCAUCAGUUUCGGUGGUAGUAGCUGCGUUUUUUUAAGGGAACAUGUACUGAACUAGCACUGAUCUGAUUACUCCAUUGUGGGAGUACAAGUGGGUCUUAGUGAAGGCCACUCGCUUCCUGUCAACACUUCGAACAGGGAAUCUUUCCAUUCUCAUCCUGUACUUUGUGUGUUCGAUAUUUAAAUAAUGGAAAACUGUUACCAUCUUGGACCAGGGAUCUGAGCCGUCAGAAGAAACGGAUCGUUAUGGCCUCUCUGGAAGCAGAAGAAGGCCUCAGUUUCUUUCCUGGACUGGGCGUGUUAUCAGGGAAACCACUGGAUCCACCUUUCAUUCAUGGGGUUCAAGAAACGGUGUGGAGACUUGCCGUUUUAUUGACGCACCACUAUUAUAUAUUGUAUCCUCUGGCCCUGAAUGUGUAUUGAUGGGGGUGGGGGGUGGGGGGUUGAACAGUGAAAACUGUAUGCAUGUCUAUUGUGUUUUGCAGAGCAAGUGGGACGUUAUCUCUAUUAUGUAUUCUAUGUGAGGGUAAAGCUGAACUCAUGGCAUUGGAACAUUGAAGCGCUUUUAAAAAAAACGGGACGUUUAUUUGAUUUUUUUUAUUACUGAUACUAACUGAUGUAUUGUUAUGAGUUUUGUGCUAGAGUUUGAGCGGGGCAGUGGUAGGGUGGUGUUGGGGUGGGGGGGGGGGGCUAGACUAUAUUAGUGGGCUGUUUAUAUGGUUACUGUACUUACCUAUUCUAUUUUUUGUUUUAUUAUUUGUAAUUUUAUGUUGCUUUUUUGAACUGAGAAUAUGAUGUAAUGAUAUUAAUUCAUGGGACUGAAUCUUGACCUUUUUAUGGACAACAAAAUAAUAAAAAAGAUCACUUAUGUACAAAAACGUGAAA